AUGUCGACCCCCAAAGUAAACUGGAUGUUUAUCCCCGCAUCGGCGCUGAUCGAGGUGUUUGACUUGUUACCACGUUCGUCGAUCGCGAACGUUGCUCGGGUCAAUCAGUCCUGGUACAGGCUGGCGAUGUGUGCGCUGUGGAGUACUGUCGAUUGUCAAGUCUUUGAAACUCUGGGAAUCAUGUAUCGUCCUUACAGCGGUGGUAGAAGCAGCAGAUCCUGGGAGUUCGAGAUGCUUCCAGGUGAAUCGGGUUGGCGUAAGCUGCUGAAUAACUCCCAUCGCGUUUUACACCUUAUACUCCCAAAGGCCCGAUCCGGAUACGUCAUUGGUGAAAAGGCUUUGUCGACCAUUGCUCGAACCAGACCGGUGAUGGAGAUAUUCUCGAAUUUGAAGGUGUUGACAUGCAAUCUCAGCCGUUUGGAUCCAACGAUCAUGUCGCGCUCCGUUGUGGAGAUCCAUAUCAUCGUUGAUGUUGAAGCCACACCGAAGCGGAUUGUCGACGUAGAGACGGUCUUUUCGACCGUACAUCACCGCAUGCCAAACAUAGAACGUGUUUAUGUGGAAGGGACCCAAUAUUAUCAUGGAUUCGAGAUGCAGUUCACCUAUCUCGUGUCCGGCCUUCAUAAUGUCGUUGGGUAUGAGCGGCCAAGUACCCUCCUUACGCCGUCAUCAUUGCUUCCACUUUCCGCACUGCCCUUACUACAACGGCUCGUGGUCUCUCGUUCAGCAUCGGACUUGGAGACGUUCCGGAUACGGGAGGGGUUCAUGGAGGACAGGAUGAUCGUAAAGUUCAGAGUGGGAGCAUUCCCAUCUCUUCGUUUUCUAGAGGUCAACGCGAGAUCUGUAUCCGCGGUCGUUAGGAUACUCGAGGACGAAAAUUUUCCAGCGCCAUCUCUCGUUCACAUUUGGGUCAACUUCAUUUAUUCCGAAGAAACAUCUGGAAAAUGUAUCCAAAACUUCAUGGCUGUCCUUGUCUCCCGUUGCCCUCACUUGGAGACCCUCGUUAUUCGGUUUUCUGACGGAGCAGGCGACAUGUCACCAUCGACGGAGCCAUAUCACAGGAUAUCUUUCGAAAAUAUCCGGAGGUUUCUGUCUUUACAAAAUCUUACAACAUUCUCCAUCGACCAUCGUAGACCCAUCGAAGUGAACAUCACGCAAGCCAAAAACCUUGCCUAUCGUGCACAUCGUUUCCAUACCUUGUGGCUCAACCCCUCUCCGAUUCCAGAGUUGGAGGAAGGCUUGCCGCUUGAGGUCCUUCUUUGGUUCGCUCGAUACUGUCCUCGAAUGCGUCGCUUGGGGUUGUUUUUGGAUGCGUCCUUCCCGGUGUUUCGUCCGUACUCCAAGAGUAGGUUCCGGCACUUAGAUGAGCUGUUUGUGGGUAGCUCCCCGCUCUCCAUGUUGGACUCUUCUACGUCGCAGGGUUCAUGGAUCCGUACUGGAAGACUUUUAUCGUCGAUCCUUCCGGCUAGAUGCCGUCUUAGUUGGGCAUCUGAGUGGGAUUUGGGUAAAUUUGAUGACAUUUCUCGGCGACGAUUGUCUUUAAUCGUUAGGGAAGCCGAUGCCAGUAAUCCUUGGUGUGCUGUUUUGCAAUUCGUACACAUACUCAUGACGGACAAUGUCGAGGUGUGGAAGGCUUUGGAGGACCUCGUUGCGGAUGAAAGGGUUACACAUUGUGCGCAAGACUUUGUAUUCAUGGACAUCUCCGAUUGA